AUGCUAAUGAAUCGCUUGAUUGAAGAUGAGAGAUCUUCCAGACAGUGGACAGACAUCUCCUUCUUCAUCUUGGGUGCUGCGACGACCAUUACUUGGGACAGCAUCUACAUGUCUGUAUCGUAUUUCCAGCAGUUCUUGGGCAAGCAGGUCCUGUCGGUGCUGUCGCUUUGUUUCAGUCUUCCACUCUUUGUGGCAAUGCUCUUUUGUUUGUGUCUGAAGACACAGCUGCCGGUGAAGCUUAUGGCAUGUCUCGUACGCCUCUGCAUCGCCUACAUGUUGGGAUUUUGCAUCCUCAUCCUGUUGGCUGGAUCUUGCGACAUCGAAAUUCCAGUGGGACUUCUCUGCUUUUUGGUGGGCCUCUGUGGCAUCGCUUCGGGCGUGAUGCAAAGUAUGAUUGCCUCAGUCACCGGCCUCUUCUCUCAGUUCUCUCUGGAAAGCGGUGCCAGUGCCUCUGCGCUGAAGGGCACUGGAGGCGCCAUUUUGAUCCCCAUGGCAGUGCAGAUUGGAUUUCUUCCUGCGGCCAUGGCCGGAGCUUCGACCAUCAAUCAGAGCCUGAUCGUGGUCUUCCUCCUUUCUUCUGGCAUGCUACUUUUGUCCCUGCUGGCGCUGCGCAUUUUGGCCAGGACAGACACCUGGGAGAUGGCGGCUGCCAGCCCAUGCGCCGCCAAUGCCUGCGUGGUAGAAUGUCGCAAUCCAGUGGAGAACACCCUGGGCCAGGCCCGGGACUUCUCCCGGCAGCGCUUGGUCUUGGUGCGAUGGUGUGCCAUCGGCCAGGUCUUCAGCCUCACGUUGACCACUUUCCUGCUGGCCUUGUCACCACAUAUCCCGCCCAGUCCCACCGGUACGGAGGAGAUGUUCUGGCAAGAAUAUUUGGCAACCGUGCUGAUCGCUACACAAUCCGUGGCAAAUUUUCUGGGACGGCUUUCGAUUACUGGCAGAUGGUGCAUGCGACCAGCACCGGUGACUGUGCUGGUCUCGAUGGUGGUCAUCCGAGUGAUCUUCAUCCCCUGCAUCCUCAGCUACGCCAAGGGACGCAUGCACUGGCUCCUCCCUUCGGAUCCCCUGAAUCUGAGUAUCAUCCUGGCCUACGGGUUGAUGUCCUUCAGUGGCGGUAUUUGUGCUAUGCUCCUCUCACAGAAAGCGCAGAAUCCCGUGUCCGAUCGUCUCACAGAUCACCUGGAUCGCCAUUCAGCUGGGAGGCCCAAAGAAGCCGCCCAGGCCAGUGACUUUUCCAGCGUGACGACCUGGUCGGCCCAUGAAUUACCAGAUUGGACCACCAAAACUUUGACCCAGGAUGAAUUGCGGCACAAUGAUGUCUUCGAGUUUCACAUGGCGCCAAAGAUCCCGCCGUGUUCCUUGAGUUCGGACUUGGAGGCAUCAGCUGGUGUAGAAAGUUUAGCCUGCCUUGUGUCAUGGGAUGCCAAGUAUCGAAGCAUGGACCAACAUCAUCACGAGAUGAGCGAGAAGCGAGAAUUCCCGGGUGGCCUGAGGAUAGGUGGUCGGCGACGACAGUGGCAAGAAGCUUUAGAGCUCUUCGGGCGAUGCAAUACCAAGGCCGAUGUGGCGACCUACAAUGCGCUGAUGACGAGUUGCCAGAGAGCAAGCAGAUGGCAGUGGGCUUUGUGGCUCUUCCAACAGAUCAAAGUUGCCACGUUGCAAGCGAACAGAUGUCGUCGCCUCACCCUGUUCGAUGUGAUCUUUGACUCCACCCAGGACCAGGUCGACCUCCUCCUCACCGAUCAGACUGAGGUGAUUGCUCAUGGCUUGCGGCCCUCUGAGGAUUUGUUUCGGUGUGUUGAGCUGUGCGCUGGCUUGGCAUGUUCGAGUGUGGGUCUGUCUGCGGCUGGAUUUCGACAUGUCUGCAGUGUUGAAUGGCGUGCCCCUCUGGUUGAGCUUCACCGUCUCUGCAACCCAGGUGUUCCAGUGAUCCAUGGUGAUAUUGCUGACCUUGCUUGCAUCCGAGAUGUCCUACGCCGCAUUGAGCCGCCCUUCACACUGAUGACUGGAUUUUCAUGUCAGCCAUACUGCUCCGGAAGAUCUCAAGGUGGGUCAUGUGACGAUCGGUCCAGUACUGUCCCAGCCACCAUCAAAGCUUGCCAUCUUUGUCAGUGCCCUCUGCUUAUCUUGGAAUGUGUGACUCAGGCCAGGUCCAACCAGUUUGUCCGGUCCUGCCUCCAAGUGUUGUCCGAACAGCUUGGCUACCACCUUCGAGAAGUGACCUUGAAGUUGGAGGAUGUUUGGUGCUCCAAGCGCUACCGGUGGUGGGUUGUGGCGUCGCACCCAGCUCUUGGUCCCAUGUCAAUCCCCGUUUGGCCGAAGAGUCCCACCUUGUGCAUCCGAGACAUCAUGCCUUUUGUCAAGACUUGGUCCCCUGCUGACAUGGCGGCUUUGCAAUUGACUGCGCAUGAGCAGGCACUGUUCACGCUUGAUGGGUCGUCCUUGCGCAAAUACUUGGUUCAGAUGGAUGGCAAGUUGCCGACCAGCUUGCACUCUGCAGGCAGCCAAGCCGAUGCAUGUCCGUGUGGAUGCCGCCAAGCUUUCAGUGAGCAGAUGAUCCGUCAGAGAGGUGUGUAUGCGCAACUUGUGCAAUGUCAAAUUGAUGGCAACGUGGUGUACCGUCACUUGCACCCAAUUGAGUUUGCUCUGCUGAAUGCAAUGCCUCCGCCGCCAGCCCUUUUGCAUGGUGAUGUUCCCGACUUGAGGUUAUGCCUUGGAGCCAUUGGCCAGCUUGCUUCCCCCUUGCAAUCGGUGUGGAUUGGUGCUAGUGUCAUGCAACAGCUGCGGCAACUCUUGGAUUUUAGCCCCAUCAUGCCCAGUGAAAUCCUUGGCAACUUCAAAACUUUGCUGUUUCAGUGUGCCAGAGAUGCCUUUCCCAAUGUGCCUGCGCCUCCUUCCCGUUUUGGUUGGACUGACCUGGUCUACCCGGAUGGCACGAGCACUCGUGUGCAGGUUUUUGAAGACACCACUGCCAUUGAGUUGUUUCAAGCAGAGUUUGCAUUGACCAAAGAGGCUCCGGCAGACCAAUGGAUUGAUGAAGCAUCAGGGGCGACUCUGGACUUUUACACCCCUGUGGCUGGAAAGCGCAUUCUUGUGACUGGUGUCCCACCGUUGCCUCUCCGUUCUGCCACAGCGAGUGCGUCCUCUGCUGCUGCUGCGUCCCCUCCUUUGGAUUUCUCUGAUGUGAGUGUCUCGCAUGCUGAACCCCCUGCAACUGACCUUGACCCGAUCGAAGAGGUGUCAGACCAGCCUGAAGAUGAACCCAUGCCACCUGAGGGCCAUGUGGACAGUGACAUUGACACUUUUGACACCACCCGUUCCAGUGGCGCUGCUGCCUCUGCUUCUGGACACUCCAUGGACACGCUCUUUGGACUUCACAAUUUGACUGGUGUGCAAUUGUCUGCGUUGGUUCCUCCUCUGGUCCCUGACCUUCGUUCCUGUCGCAUGUUCCGUCAAGCCACUGUCCACUCACCUUCUCGGCUUGCAGUGCUUGAAAAUCAAGGCAGUGCCAUGGGCGAUGAUGAAAUCACCUUGCACAUGUAUGCUUGCCUUUACCUUUCUGGACGCAAAGAAGUUCAGUUUUUGGAUCCGUUGCUUGCCGUUGGUUGGCUUAAAUGUGGCACUGUUGAGAGCGUGACAGAAUGGGUUCAACAAUACCCUGCAGUAAACCACAUUUUCACUGCCAUUCCUGUCAAUGACCACUGGAUGCCAGUCAUGUGGACUCUUGGUCAAAAUGAGGUGCGUGUUGCGAUGUGGGAACACAAUGAUGUUGAGAUUGAUGAGUUGAGCUCUUUGCAUGGCCUGAUUUGCUCUGCUUGGAAGAAACCUCACUUCAGCCUGGCUUGCACUCGCCGGUCGUUUGCACGAGGGUACUGUGGAGCUGCUGCCGUUGCCUUUGCUUUUCAUAAGCUCCUUGGCAAGGAUCUUCCGUCUUCUGAAGCUGAGUUGAUUGAACUUCACUUGGACUUGAAGGCCAGCUUCGUUGAAGCCAGUCGUGCAGAGGUUUUUCAUCGCAAACCAUGGUGCUGGGGUCUUGGCGUGCCUGAUGUUGUUGGACUUACCAGUGAGCUCUUGAAGUCGCAUGGUGUUCCUGAUUCUCAAGCCACUCUUCGUGCUCGUCUUGUGGUCCAGUCACUUGGCAAACAUGAAGUUCACCAGGCUGUCACAGGCAUCUCUCCAUGGAAGUCUUUGAAAACCCUUGCCAACUUGCAAAGCCCUCCCCUUCAAAUGGUUCUGCCUGAUGAACAGCAACAGCACAACCAGGGAAAGCCUGCCAGCAAGCCCAAAAGCCGCACCGCAGGCAAGAGACUUGCCCCUUCCAAGCCAGCUGAACUUGAUCCGAGUAAGCUUGCGAUUGAGCAUGGAGCCUUCUGCACUCAAAAUGAUGCACUUGGCCAGAUCUCAGUUGCUAGCAUUGGUCCUCUUGCCACAGGUGUUGCUAUCACCAGCUACCAAGCUGCACUGCCGUUUUUGCAGUCAGGGCAAAUCCUGACAAACCAUGGCCUUGCCUUGUUGGUCCUUGGGUCCCCAACUGACUUGCAAACGACGUUGGACUGGUCGACAAUUCGAUUUGCCGCCAGAUGCAGCAUGAAUCAGGAACCAAUGCUUGUCUCAGGAAUUUUGGUUCAGCUUGGGCGCAUGCCAGUGUUCCAAUACACAGCCCGUGAUAUCCCGGCCAUCCCUUCUGUUGAGGUUGCUUGUGCCAGAAUCACCGUGUUUCAGGACCAGUGGGAUGGCAAUUGGGAAGAAUUUUCAGGUCGCCCGGUCAAGCAUGUACUGGCUGUCCUGCAAUGCCUCCAGACCUGUCGCAAUGGCCAAGCCUGCACCUGCCCAGCCUGGCAUCCGACCCAGGACCAAACCCAUGAUGCAGUCCUUGAUGUGUUCAGACGCCAAUUCUUCAAUGAGGCUGGACGUGUUGUCAAGUGGGACAAGGCCACCCAUUUUGGAUUUUUUGUCCGAUAUGUCAAGCACCUUGAGCAGAAGGUCCUGUGUGCCAGCGGUCAGCAUGGUAUCUUCACGGAGCCCAAGACAGAGGAUGCCCUCAAGCCGCACAGUGACUACCAAGUUGUCUGGUUGCCGCAGCUGGAUUUCGGCGCUGUCGCUCACAAGGCUCAAUGUGAAGCCCAAAGUUUGGGGGUCGCCCGCUCAGGUAAGAGGUUCGGCUUGCGUGUCCAUGUCUCCAACUUCCAGAAGGUCUUCACCAACACAAAGCCUGAUGCUGUGUACCUGGCCCCAGGGAGCAGAGUCACCUACCAAUGCGGACCAUGGCCUUUCGGGUCCGAUCGCAAGAGCAUUGCCCGCAUCCUGAAAGCCAGUGGCUGGGAAAGCAGGCCACUUCAGCCACUACAUCAUGUUCCCGGAGGAUUGAUGUGGGCAGUCCAGGCUGUAGUUGACCCACCCGUCAACUUGCUUGCAAUGCAGCAUGGUCAGGUCUUGAUCACUCGCCAGGACACCAAGGCCCUUCCUGCUGAGCCGGUUCCCUCUGUUGUCGGCCAUGCCAAGACCUUGGAAUUGUGUCGCUCCUCAGACCCCGCUGCUUCUGACCCGUGGCUCACCAAUGAUCCCUGGUCGAAGGCCAUUGCCCAGGCACCUGCAGUUGCUCCUGCCCCUCCGGCUCCCAAUGUUUUGCAUGAGCUGGAGCAGCGCCUUGAGCAGUCGAUCCUCUCCAAGCUGCCCACGGAGAAGAUGGACGUUGACGAUCAGGACAUGAGGUUGCAACAGCUUGAGAGCCAGGUCCACCUGCUCACGACCAAAGUCCACCAUCCACGAGCAUCAUCAGCAGAACGCCGCACAGGUUCAGACGCUUCAACAGCAGAUGAAGAUGCAAAUGGACUUACAGACACAGCACAUGUCCACGAUGCUCACGGAUCAAAUGAGCCGUAUCGAGGCGAUUUUGUCCAAGAAACCUCGUACUGA